AUGUUAUUAAUAAUAACAACAAUAACAGCAAUAAUAAUAACAGUAGCAAUAACAAUAACAAUUGCAACAACAACAGCAAUAACAAUAACAGUAGCAACAACAACAACAACAACACAAAAAAUUUCUAAAUCAUCUUCUUAUAAUUUAUAUGAACAACUUCAACUUCCUCAUUCAUCUCGUCAAGUACAUAAUGUUAAAUUAUCAACGCAUUUCACACCACCAUUGCUUAAUGAUAAUAUACAUCGAAAUAAUAAUUUCAAACAACAACAACAACCAUUUCAACGGUGUUUUAAAUGUGGCUUUUUAGAUCAUAUAGCUCGUCAUUAUUACCAUUUCUGA